CAGCAACAAGGAAGACAGAAUCAGUUGAUUAGCACGGCAUGGACUUGCGUGUGUGGUAGCUAAACUUGAAAGUGUUGUGUUGUGUGUGGAAAGAAGAGUAGGCUUAAUAAAAUUUGUUGGCCAUUGUUGUCCUGUGCUAAUUGCGUCUUAUAAAAAUUCCCAAUUUAUAAGACAUUCAAAUUUCAUGGUGAAAUUCUUGUGACAAUUUAAAAUGUCGUCUCCAAGUGCUGGCAAAAGACGUAUGGACACUGAUGUUAUUAAGCUUAUUGAGAGUAAACAUGAAGUAACAAUCUUAGGGGGAUUAAAUGAAUUUUGUGUUAAAUUCUAUGGACCUAGAGGUACUCCAUAUGAAGGUGGUGUUUGGAAGGUAAGAGUGCAUUUACCAGAACAUUAUCCCUUCAAAUCACCUAGUAUAGGGUUUAUGAAUAGAGUCUAUCAUCCAAAUAUUGAUGAAGUCUCAGGCACAGUGUGCUUAGAUGUCAUCAAUCAGGCAUGGACUGCAUUAUAUGACCUAUCUAAUAUAUUUGAGUCAUUCUUACCUCAACUGUUGACUUAUCCAAAUCCAAUUGACCCUUUGAAUGGUGACGCAGCUGCAAUGUACCUCCAUAAGCCAGAAGAAUACAAGAAAAAAGUGUCAGAAUAUGUGAGGAAAUACGCGACAGAAGAAGCAUUAAGGGGUGGGGAGAAUGUAAGUUCUGACAGUGAGUCGAGUAUGUCAGAUUUUUCAGAAAAUGAAGCCGAAGAUAUGGAGUUAUAACGCCGGCUGUCAAAAAUACCUUUUAUUUAUUAUGCUCGCUCAAUGAGACUUCCUCUAAAAUUAAUAAAUCCCGAUCUAGAUUUUAAUACGUCGUGCUUAAAUAGUUAUUUAUAUUAUUUUGGUUGUUUUGCAUUUUCAUAGUUUAUUAUUUACCCAAUCUGUCUCAGGCCAGAUUUCACAAUUGACAGAUUAGUAUUUAAUAGAAGUAUAUGGUUAACAACCAAAAAUCCCCUAAGUAAUAAACCUACAUUUAAUUAAAUAUGACCAUUAUAACCCAUAGAGUGUAUUAGUCAUAUUACAUAAGUUCAGUAACCAAAACUGUCAAAUAUGGCAGAACCUAUGUAUAUAUGGGUAUCGUAAUGAGAGAGUGUUAUUUUAAUUUAUCCGCAUGUUUGAAAAUAUCUUAUUUUAGAAUAUAAUAUUAAUGUCUUGUUAAAUCAUUUUUGGCUUGAUUUAUAUUGGGAUGUACUAUUUUCUUUUUUGUUAAAUAUAUUAUAUUUGAAGGGCUUAUUGCAAUAACAUGAUAUGCCACAAAUCCAUAAUUCUGAAUUAUUAGACUUUGCAGUCUUUGAAAAAAAUGUGUACAUUUAACUAUUCUUUUUAACUGGCUAAGUAUUUAUCUAACAAAUUUGUUGGAUAAAAGGCAAGAAAAACACUAGUUACUAGUUAAUAAAACUGAUUUCUGGUUAAGUGGCGUUACAUGUUAUUACAAUAAGCCCUUCAUUUGUUAAAUAUAUUAUAUUUGUUACCUUAAUUUAUGGGGCUUCUUUUUUAUAAUUUAUAACUUAUAAAUUCAGUAAUAUUUAGAUUUUUUUAUCUUCUGUUCAUUGAAGAGUUUGAUAUUAUUUUAAAUAUAACAAAUAUUUACUUGAUCUUGGUAAUGGCAGCACAUUUUUUUGUUUUUAAUCUAAACUUUUGGUGAUAUCAUAUAAUACAAAACUUCAAUUCCAAAUGAUUAAAAAAUCUAGAUAUAUACUGUUCGAAAUAUACUGUGUUUUAUUUAAAUCUGGUAUAAAUUUUUAACUUUAUAUGUCAUAAAAAUUAAGGAAAUUGCACCAAUUUGUAGGAGUACUGAGUAGAUAACUUUAUGUUAUAUAUCAAAAUUUUAUUUAUAAACAUAUCAGAUUCGUUUAGCCAGCGGCGUAGCCAGGGGAGACAAGAGGGCAUUUUCCCCUACCCAAGUCAUAAAAAAAUGUAGUUCCUACAUAUAUAUUUAGUAUAUUACUAUAAUUAUUUAAUUGCAGCUUUGAAUUUGUUCAUUUUUUACCAUUAGUUAAAAAAAUACUAGAAAAUUAAUUUUUUAAAUCCUGUUUGCUUUCCUCCCCAAAAAACUUUUUCUGGCUACGCCUCUGAGUCUAGCUUUCUUUUGAACAAAUUUGUGAUAAUUUAGCUCCACAAUAUUUUUUAAUACAUCUACCUAAUAAUUUUGUAAGAGCAUUUCCUCAGGUGUUUGAUUAUUGAUAAAAAAAAGAUUGGAUCAGAUUUAAGAGCUUUGUACUUAAAAGUGGUAAUAGAUUUUUUGAGGGCAGAUUGAUAUUUUACACUGGCUGAUUUUGAUAUUAGUGUUGCCUUAAAGGACGAGUUUAAUAUUUUUAGUCCUUAGGUUAGCAUUAAAGAGUGCAAUUGUAGUAAUAUUUGCUUUUAUUAUAUUUGAUAUAUUCACUUUUUGGUAAAAAAGCUACUUAAAAAUUCAGUUUUUUUUAACUUUACACUUUUUGCAGAUUGGUGAAUAUUAAUAAUAUAAGUAUUCAGGUUUAACAUUUUGUGGUCUCAUUAAGUAACUGUGUAUAUACAUUAUAUAUUUAAGUAAUAAUAUCUAAAUAAUUGAGUAAUUAUGUUAUUAAAAAGGACCUUUCCCUGAUUCGAUAGGACGUAUUUUUAUAUAGAGAACUUUUCGUGUUUUUCAUAUUUUUAAACGUAACGUUUAGAUAUAAGGAUCAUCUUCAACGUUUUAUGUAAAAAUGGAUCUUUUUAUGGACAGUUUGUUGUAGCCUAUCUUAGCAUAUUUAUUUUACAAUAACGAGUUUAUUAGCAAACAUUAUUGAGAAUAAUAAAACAAAGUUCUUAAAGAGGUGCAAAAAUUGCGUAAAAUAAAAAGUAGUUUUACGUUUUAUAAAAAGUAGUUUCAAACAGUUUUAUUAAAAUGAUAGAAGGUGGCAUAUUAUGUUUGCUGAUAGACUUCAAUGCACAAUAACAAUUAUUUAAAAUUUUAUUAGUAGCUGUUGUGAGAAAAAAUAACAUUAUUUAUAUAUCAAUGGAAAAUAAAAAAAUAAAAAGUGCACCACGGUACUAUUUUUAAUUACGAAUAAUAAAACUUAAAAAGUAGGUCAUAUAGGUAGUGUAACUAUUACCUAAUAAAAAAGUCGUUUAUUAAAAAA